AUGUUUGAAGAUGAUGAAGAAGAUUUAGAUUAUGAAUCUUACUCUAGAAGGGGAAAGAAGGCCGAUGAUUCAAAAGAUAAUAAUCUGGGCAGCAUCAAGAUGAAGAUUCCUAUCUUUCAAGGAAAGAAUGAUCCCGAACUUUACUUGGAAUGGGAGAGAAAAGUUGAACAUGUGUUUGAUUGUCACAACUAUUCAAAUGAGAAAAAGGUGAAAUUGGCAGCCGUUGAGUUCACGGAUUAUGCAAGCAUAUGGUGGGAUCAAUUGAUGAUUAGUCGGCGAAGGAUUGGAGAAAGGCCAAUUCGGUCAUGGGAAGAUAUGAAAUUGGUAAUGCGCAAGAGAUUUGUACCUAGCCAUUACUAUAGAGAUUUACAUAGAAAGUUACAAAGGCUGGUUCAAGGCUCCAUGAGUGUGGAAGACUAUUAUAAAGAAAUGGAGAUGGCAAUGAUUAAAGCUAAUAUAGAGGAAGAUCGAGAGGCUACCAUGGUAAGAUUUAUUGGAGGCUUAAACAAAGAGGUUGCUAAUGUGGUUGAAUUGCAACACUAUGUGGAGAUGGAGGAGCUGUUGCACAAGGCCAUCAAAAUAGAAAAGCAAAUCAAGUGCCAAGGAUUUGGGCAUAUUGCUUCCCAAUGCCCAAACAAGAGGAUUAUGAUUAUGUUGGAGAAUGGUGACAUUGAAAGUGCUAGUUCAAGUGAGGAUGAGAUGCCACCCUUAGAAAAUUGCAGUGAUAUUGACAUUGAAGAACCUGUACAUGGAGAUAUGUUGGUGACAAGAAGAGCACUAAGCAUCCAGCCUAAGGAUGAUGGUGAUAAGGAGCAACGUGAACAUAUUUUCCAUACUAGAUGUCAUGUGAAGGGAAAGGUAUGUACCAUGAUUAUUGAUAGCGGAAGCUGCACUAAUGUUGCUAGUACUUUGUUAGUUGAUAAGCUGGAGUUACCCACCAUGAAGCAUCCUAAUCCAUACAAGUUGCAAUGGUUAAAUGAAUGUGGAGAAGUGAGGGUAAACAAGCAAGUGCUCGUUUCAUUUUCAAUUGGCAAAUACACAGAUGAGAUUCUUUGUGAUGUGGCACCAAUGCAUGCUAGUCAUAUUUUGCUUGGACGACCAUGGAAGUUUGAUAGGAAGGUUACACACAAUGGAUACAAAAACCAUUAUUCUUUUAUGAUGAACAACCGCACUGUAGUCCUAACCCCUCUCAAACCUUUGCAAGCUUAUGAAGAUCAGAUUCGGAUAGCGAGAGAGUGUAAAAAGAGAGAAGGUGAGUCCGAGAGGAAAAAUGCAAAUGAAAGGAGUGAGAUUGAGAGCAGAGAGAAAAGUAUUCAAAAAAAAGAGAAAAGUAAAAAAAUGAGUGUGUUUGCUGAAAAAAAUGAGGUUAAGAGUGUUAUGUUCUCAAGACAGCAACUACUUGUACUUAUGUACAAGGAUGUUUAUCUUUCUACUAACGAUCUUAACCCCUCCUUGCCUAGUGUUGUUGUGACUUUAUUGCAGGAAUUUGAGGACAUAUUUCCAAAAGAGAUUCCUAAUGGACUACCACCCUUAAGAGGCAUUGAGCAUCAAAUAGACUUCAUGCCCGGUUCUACCAUUCCAAACAGACCUGCAUAUAGAGCUAAUCCCGAAGAAACAAAGGAAAUCCAAAGGCAAGUGGAUGAGCUGGUGAAAAAGGGAAUUGUCAGAGAAAGUCUUAGCCCAUGUUCGGUUCCUGUCAUCCUAGUCCCAAAGAAAGAUGGAACAUGGCGCAUAUGA